AAAGGGCAUGUCUCUGCUGCUAAUAGCGUUUCUCUUCUGCCUCCCCCUGUUUCUGCUACGACUGCGACCACGACUGCGACUGCAAGAAGCACUACUAGCACUGGCGUGCGUCCAGGAUCCACUGGUACAUUCAGCUCUGUGGUGGACUUUUUGGCACCUCCCUCAAUUGCGUCGCGGAGACAUGUAGAUGAACAUUCGGGGGGCGGCCGUAGUAUUGGUGUUUAUGCUAAAGGACUAUGAGUGCAGGCGCCCGGAACGGUCAGCGGAGGGAUGUUGAUGUUGGCAAGGUGACUAGACGGUCGAGUAAUCGGAACUGUGGGAGUUUUGUUAGGGAGGUGUUGGGUUCGACGCCAUUUGAGCGAGCAAUGACGAUCGAGACGACCUCUAGGCCUUCCUCGGUAGUGUUUAGGCCUAUGUGGAAUUCAAAGCCUUCGUCGAUGAACCCCCCGACGAUGACCGUGUCCGCUCAUGCUCGGGAUCGUGCCCUUAUGUCGUCGGGUUCAACCAGGUCAUCAUCAUCUCUCCCAACCCCCUUACCGUCGUCGACAAGAUCGUGCCCUGGAACACCUGUUCCUUCUUCCACCGCUGUCAUCACUCGCUCACACCUUCACGCCAUUCGCCGAAAAUUAUCCAAGAAAAUUCUCAGCGCCUUUCCCGCUUCUGCUCAUGCCGCCGACCCUGUCCAUUCCACUACACACAUAACCCACCUCCACUCACCUCUUCUACCCGAAAUAUCACCCCAAUCAACAUUCAUUACGUUGAGUGAGUUGUUUGGGGAUGUGGACGCAAAUGAGGAUAACUGGGAUAGGGAUCCUAGCCAUCCCGAGUCCGACGCACGCGGGAAAGGAAGGGAACGGCGUUUGACUGGGAUGCCAUCAUUAAUCGAGGGAGAGAGGUGGGAGCGACGGGAAGGUAGGAAUGGUAAUGCCAAUAAGCGGAGUGGGAUGUUUUUGUUAGGUAGUGGAAACGUUGAGGAAGAUGAGGAUGGCGGCAUAGAAGUGGACGAAGGAGAGGGAGGGAGUGAAUUCGAGGAAGGGGAGGAUGACUCAUUUCGCGGUGGUUUCUCCAUUCGGAGUGGAACGAUGAGAUUUAUGAAUGUACCGAGGGGGAAGAGAAUUGUCGUUGCAGAGAAGAUGGUCUGUUAUGGUUGCGGAGAUGUCGGAUGAUUUAGAGUUUUUGAGAGUUUUAGAACGACAUUUCGAGAGCGUUGGGAGAGAGACUGCUUGGAGUUGGGGUGGGGAAGAAACCUGUCGGGAUGACUCUGCAAUUAGGCGAGGGUCAAGUGGAGGCUAUUCAACGGGAGUACAGGAAGCUGGAGGCGAAGAUAACCGGGAUGGUGAUGAAGAGGAUGAGGGUAGGAUGCAGGCGAGGGCAA